ACGGUCUCUUGUGUGGAAACUUUGUCACGACGGCUGUAUCGCCACAAAUCGACAGGCGGGGAUCAUGUAUCGUGACGAAAUGACUGCGAAGGACUAAGUAAUCGCAAACAGGCUACGAUGGCUCGCCUGAGGCGGCGUUUUUCCGUGUAAAAAUGCAGUUUGUGCUGUAGUUGACUAGUGCUCCGCGCGCUCCCCCGUUCCCUCAACUCGCCUCACGGUCCGACAUGGAUGAAUACGACGAGGAUCCGGGGCGCAGAGCGAGCAAACUGAUGGAAAACCUCUCAAUAUAUGACGUUUAUCAAGAUGGGAUGUACGGAGAACCGAACCCCGACAUGGAGAAAACUAAGCGAAUGAAUGGCAGCUCUUCUACGCCCGGGAACAAAGUCUACAGCGCGGCUCCCGUGCGCUCCGUCAACGGAAACCGAGCCUCAGUGCCUCUAGAUUUCUGCUCUCCGCAGAGGGAAGCGGUUUAUCCUGAUCCCGAUGUGUACUGCACCAAAUCCGAAGUUGCCUUGCCGUGUUACAGCGGCACGUCGGACCGUCUCAGGAGAUACACGCACGCGGAGGUGCAGGGACACCGGUACAGCACCGGCUGCGCGUACGACGGACUCGUUCUGGGGAAACAGGUGGCCGUUUCGGGCGCGAGGAGCAACAGCCUGUGUAUGAGCAGCCCUGAUGGCAGAUACACGGCCACAAGCCCUCGCUCCAGCCUGGCUUCAUCACACUCAUCGCAGGAUCAGAGCAAACACACGAGCCCGAGGUCGAGCAUCAGCAGCCCGCGCUCCAGCCUGGUGUCUCCCGGACAGGGCGAAGGAACCAGCGUGAUCAGCCCGCGCUCGAGCUACGCCAGCACGGCCAGCGACACCAGUAAGCACUCCAGCCCCAGAACCAGCCUCAACAGCUACGACUGCGGCAGCAAACCGAGCAGCAACCGAACCAGCGGAAUCAGCAUGGGCUACGACCAGCGGCACAUCAGCCCGAGGUCGAGCACCACCAGCCCGCGCUCCAGCUACUCCGACUCGCGCUUCACGCCGGCCGGGAGCCAUGACCCGGAGAGCGCCGCGGUUCACGGCAUCCCCAUGGCCAGUCCUCGGUCCAGCAUCUGCAGCCAACCCGCUGUGGCGGCUAACUGCGUGGUUAGUCCCCGCUCCAGCAUCUCCAGCCACAGCUCCAGGAGCUCGCGGAGCUCCAGGGGAUCCAUGAGCGCGUAUCCCGAGCUCCAGCUGCCCAUGCUGGGACCCGGUUUGCCAGAGGACGCGCUGCUGCAGGACUUCACUGAGCCAAACGGCCUUCACAACAACCGCGUGCACCUGCAGACGUUUCCCGUGCUGGAGGAGCCCCAGCAGCAGAAUUCAGAAGUCAACAUUGGGUUUAACUACUGCAAGGCGGGCGCCGGGGGGCAGCGCUUCAAGCUGCCGUACCAGGUCACUCCAUCCCGGGACAGCGGCCCCAGUCAGGCGGAGCGGCGCCUGGAGGCCCUCACCCUGGAGCUGGAGAAAGAGCUCGAGAUACACAUGAAAAAGGAAUAUUUUGGUAUCUGUGUAAAGUGUGGUAAAGGUGUUUAUGGAGCGAGUCAAGCAUGCCAGGCGAUGGGAAACCUGUAUCAUACGAACUGCUUCACCUGCUGCUCCUGCGGCCGGAGGUUACGAGGAAAGGCUUUCUAUAAUGUUAAUGGAAAAGUGUACUGUGAAGAAGACUUCCUGUACUCCGGUUUCCAGCAGACGGCUGAGAAAUGCUUUGUGUGUGGACACCUCAUCAUGGAGAUGAUCCUGCAGGCUCUGGGCAGGUCAUAUCACCCUGGUUGUUUCCGCUGUGUGAUCUGUAAGGAGGGUCUGGACGGAGUUCCUUUCACUGUGGACGUGGAGAACAACAUCUACUGUGUGAAAGACUACCACACGGUUUUUGCUCCUAAAUGUGCCUCGUGUAACCAGCCCAUCCUGCCAGCACAGGGUUCAGAGGAGACCAUACGGGUGGUGUCCAUGGAUAAAGAUUACCAUGUAGAUUGCUAUCACUGUGAGGAUUGUGGUCUGCAGCUGAAUGAUGAAGAGGGCCAUCGCUGUUACCCACUGGAGGGGCAUUUGCUGUGCCACCGAUGCCACUUGCACCGGUUAAAAACCCCGCUAGCACCACACCCGCCGCCCAGUUACCCGCUUCACGUCACUGAACUGUGAACACACACGGACUCAAACUAAACUAGACGACCGUGAGUGAGACAGAGACGGGUCUGUCCUUCCCCAAAACCACACACCGGGAAUCAGUCGUGCCUGUUUAACUGCGCAUUUACACUUUGACCAGCCGGAGAGGUUUUAUUAUUACUGUCAUUCCUCAUCACGUCUCGUUGGCUGCGUUCGGGGCGUUUUCAGCACUGCCGCAGGGAAACGGAGGGCGACCCGUGCCUGUUUUUUCUCCGCACGCCAAACAACAGCACUGAACACUAAAGACUUGCUGUGCCUUCAUUGAAUAUCCUGCAUCCAUCAGGCCUCAAUUACUGCCUUUCAGAUGCACCAUUUCUGUGUGUGCGCCAAGCUGCCGCUCUUUAAAGGGGCAGUCCACCAGAAAUUAACAUUGCAGUGAUCAUUUACUCAUCCUCAUAUCAUUACAGACCUGUGUGAAUUUUUCUUCCAUGGCACACAAAGGAAGACGUUUAGAAAAAUGUGCUUUUUGAGGCUUGUUUUUUUGUUUAUGCUUUAAAAAGGAUGUUUUAGUAAAUACAUAUAUAUAUUAUAUAUGUAUUUAUUACUAUUAUUAUACACAUAUUUGGUCAGAUUUAGUACUAUUACUUAU